AAGUAAUGCCUUACCUGGUUUGAAGAUCUAAGAGAGCUUUCUGUUUGCAUAAGGCAUAAAAGAAAAUGGAAGAAGAUGAGACUUCACAAGGUGAAACGGAGAGGGCAGAAGUUGAAACAUAUGCUACUCCUGACAUCAGUCGGCGGAUAUCAGUUAGUGAGUUCCUUUGCCACUGCUGUUACGACAUUCUGGUCAAUCCCACCACCCUGAACUGCGGGCAUAGUUUUUGUAGACAUUGCCUCGCCUUGUGGUGGGUAUCGUCCAAGAAGAAUGAAUGCCCCGAAUGCAGAGAAAAAUGGGAAGGAUUCCCCAAGGUCAACAUCCUCCUCAGGGAUGUUAUUGAAAAGCUAUUUUCUGAUGCCAUUGAACAAAGAAAAGAAGAUAUUCAGCAAAGCAGUGAUGUAGCUCGCAGCUUAGCAACCUUCCAAAAAUAUGAGAACGACCAGAUCCCUACAGUUCCGAACACAGGAAGAAUUAAUCCUCGAGGAGGAGGGUUUUUCUCAGGCGUUCUGACAGCUUUAACUGGUGUAGCAGUAGUUCUACUUGGAUAUCACUGGAGUAGCAGAGAAUUUGAAGAAGAUCAUCUUGUCCACAAGCCUGUUGCUAAAUGGACUGCUGAGGAAGUGGUACUUUGGCUAGAGCAACUGGGCCCAUGGACUUCACAUUAUAAAGAAAUAUUUUUACUGGAGAAAGUGAAUGGAAGGCUCCUUCUAACACUGACAGAGGAGGAUUUCAAAAAAGACCCUUACAGUAUAGAGAACAGUAACCAUAGAAAAGCUAUUAUGGCAGAACUGGAAUAUGUGAAAACUUUAGGUGUUAAACCACCACAGAACCUUUGGGAAUAUAAGGCAGUAAAUCCAGGAAAAUCACUCUUUCUUCUGUAUGCGCUGAAGAGUUCUCCAAGACUAAGUAUGUUAUAUCUAUAUUUGUUUGAUUACGCAGAAGCUUUCCUACCUUUCAUCCACACAAUUUGCCCUACGCAAGAAGACAAGUAUGAAGAUACUGUCACAAAACUGCUAGACCUUAAAGAUCCUUCUUGGAAACAGUGGAGAGAAUUAAUUGUAAAGUAUAUAUUUUUGCCAUACCAGUUGAUAGCUGAAUUUGCUUGGGAUUGGCUGGAUGUGCACUACUGGACAUCAAGAUUUAUAAUUGUAAAUGCCAUGUUGCUCUCUGUUCUGGAGUUAUUCUCCUUUUGGAGGCUCUGGUCACGAAGAGAAUUGAAGACUAUUCCUCACAGAAUGUGGAGACAUUUCUGGAAAGUCUCAACCCAGGGUCUUUUUGUUGCCAUUUUUUGGCCUUUUAUUCCUCAGUUUGUCUGCAAUUGUUUGUUUUACUGGGCCUUGUACUUUAACCCAAUUAUAAACAUUGAUCUUGUUGUUAAAGAAGUAAGGCGCCUGGAGACACAACUGCAGUGAGUGGCAUUGGAACUUUUGAACUGCUUAGCUUCUAAAAAUGGACAUUUGAAAUAAGCUUUGCUUUUCUUCUUUAUAUAUGUGUCAGUGAAAGUGGUGGAGUAUGUUAACUUAAACAUACAAAAAGCCUUAAGGUAAGUUACUCUUAAACCAGCUGAUUCCAGUUCUGAGGAUGGGGGCUAUAUUAUUAAAAAGGAAUUUUCUAUUAAAAAAAAUGUUCCUGAUUUAGC